AUGUAUAAUAUUCUCCUACUCAUUUGUAUUAUCACAGUUAUUUAGUCCAAACUUAAAGUUCUCAGACCAUCUAACUUAAUUAAUGAAUACAUUGAUUAUAGUAUUGCCAAUUUUGGGUACUCUAUCUUUUAUAUAUAUGAAAACUAGAAUUAUACCAUUUGGACAUCGUUUAAUGGGAUUAGUAGAUUUGGCUUAUCCAAGAAAUGGAUGUAGUGAUAUUUAACCUACUUAUGGAGCUCAUUUUAUUUUAAUUGAAAGAGGGAACUGUUCACAUGUGACUAAAGUCAAGAAUGCUGAAAAAGCUGGAUAUUAAAUGGCAAUUAUUGGGAAUUACAAUGAUGAACCCAUAGAAUCUGAUAUUACUAUGGCUGAUGAUGGUUAUGGAUAUUAAGUUUAUUUUCAAAGUUUUAUGUUAGGUAACAAUCCCAUCCAUAUUUAUCAAAAAAAAACAUUUUACUAUAUUAUCAGAAAAAGCAAAAGACUAUUAAAUUGAGGAUUCUAAUGAUGAGAAGAUUAUGAUGCUAUUAAAAUUUGAUGUUGUUUAAACUGAUAAAAUAUCAGUAAUUUUUGGAUUGAAUGUUCAAGAUGGAGAAUCUUUUAGAAUUAUUGAUGAAUAUGCACCAUAUUAUAAUAAAUUGGAAGAUUAAAAUAUCAAUUACACUCUUGUAUAUUUUAUGAUGAGUUUUAAUUCUACAAUUCUAGAAAUUAAUUAAAGAGAUUCUGAUUGUAUUUGCUAAAAUAGAUAUUGUGUAUUUGAUCCUGAUGGUUCAGGUAUUGCAACUGGAAGGGAUGUUGUUUAAGAGAUUCUAAGAUAAACAUGCAUAUUUUAAAAAUACCCAAAAAAAUGGUUUUCAUAUAUGGUAAAUAAUACAAUUUAGAUUUAGGAUUAAUUCAAUUUCAAAUGUUCUAAACCAUAAGCAUAUUCUAUUUGUAGUCAAUAGAUUAUGGAUAUACAAGGGAUUCCUAAAAAGGAAAUUCAAAAUUGUUUUGAUGAAUCUUUUGUUGACUAAAAUACUUCAUUACCAACUAAAAAUUAUACUAAUGCAAUCAAUAUUUUACUAGAAAACUAAUUACAUAUUUAUUAAGUUGCUGGAAUGAAUGUAUUUCCAUCAGUUCUAGUGAAUGCUUUGACUUACAAAGGUUAAUUCUCAGGAAAAGGUAUUUUUGGAGAGAUUUGCAAUAGUAAUUUUAAAAUCUCAAUAUAGGUUUUUUAACACCACCUCCUGAAUGUAGUUCAGAAAUUGAAGGCUAUUAACCUCCAGUUCUAGAAUAAUCAAUAAUUCUAUAUGUAUUGAUUAUAACCACAUUUGUUGUAUUAUUCUCUAUACUUGGUUUCUGUUUAUUUAAAAAAUUGAUCAAAAGAGAUGGUGAAAUAGUCACUUAACCUUAGGUAAAUGAGAUGGUGAGUUAAUACAUUAAGUUUUAUGAGGGAAAAGAUAAACAAAAAGAAGGUUCUAUCUGAA